CAGGGCCAGGACGGGCUUGGCGGCGGCUGCGCAGCUCAGCGGGGGCUGUGGCCGGGUGGCUCCGCGGUCUUGGAGGGGAGACGCCGCGAGCUGUGGGCGACCCUGACUUCCAGCUCGGUGGCUGGGCCGGAACGUGUCAGCGGCGGCGAGGAAAGGACCAUUUUCUUCCUGGAUGUUUCUUAAGCUGUCUGGUGAUGCAAGAGAAGUAUUUGUGAAGUUAUAAUGGAUUUUACACAUCAUCAUAACGAAAACUGGCUUAAUAGCAGCAUCUUUGCUUGAGGAGAAUAAGUAUAAUCACAAAUAACCAUGACAACUUCUCAUAUGAAUGGACAUAUCACAGAAGAUUCUGACAAUGAAUCAAAAAAUGUGGAUCUUGCAUCUCCUGAGGAACCUCAGAAGCACAGAGAAAUGGCUGUUGAUUGCCCUGGGGAUUUGGGCUCCAGGAUGAUGCCCAUGCGACGAAGUGCUCAACUUGAGCGAAUCCGUCAGCAGCAGGAGGACAUAAGGCGCAGAAGGGAAGAAGAGGGAAAGAAACAAGAACUGGACCUCACUGCUUCCAUGAGGCUAAAGAAACUAGCACAAAUUCCUCCUAAAACUGGAAUAGAUAAUCCAAUAUUUGACACAGAAGAAGGAAUUGUUUUGGAGAGUCCUCAUUAUACUGUGAAGACACUUGAGGUGGAAGAACUGUUAACUUCUCUUAAGCAUAUCCAGCACGUUUUGGUAGACCCUCAGAGCCAAGAGGAUAUUUCUCUCAUUUUACAGCUUGUUCAAAAUAGUGAUUUUCAGAAUGCAUUUAAGAUACACAAUGCUGUUACCGUGCACAUGAACAAAGCCAGCCCUCCAUAUCCUCUCAUCUCCAAUGCACAAGAACUAGCACAAGAGGUACAGACUGUUUUGAAACCCAGUCACCAAAAGGAUGGGCAGGAGCUGAAUGCUUUGCUGAAUGCCCCUCACAUGCAGGCACUCCUACUGGCUCAUGAUAAGGUUGCGGAGCAAGAAAUGCAGCCUGAGCCUGUGACAGAUGAAAGAAUUUAUGAGAAUGUUGGUGUGUAUGGAGGGGAGACAGUCAAAAUAGUUCGCAUUGAGAAGGCUCGGGAUAUUCCAUUGGGUGCUACUGUUCGCAAUGAAAUGGACUCUGUUAUCAUCAGUCGGAUAGUGAAAGGAGGUGCCGCAGAGAAGAGUGGGCUGUUACAUGAAGGGGACGAAGUUCUGGAGAUUAAUGGCAUUGAGAUUCGUGGAAAAGAUGUUAAUGAAGUUUUUGACUUGUUGGCUGACAUGCACGGUACCCUGACCUUUGUAUUGAUUCCCAGUCAGCAGAGCAAGCCACCUCCUGCGAAGGAGACAGUUAUACAUGUGAAAGCUCAUUUUGACUACGAUCCCUCGGAUGACCCUUAUGUCCCCUGCCGAGAGUUAGGACUCUCUUUUCAGAAAGGAGAUAUACUCCACGUGAUCAGCCAAGAGGAUCCAAACUGGUGGCAGGCUUACAGAGAUGGUGAUGAAGAUAAUCAGCCAUUGGCUGGCCUUAUUCCUGGAAAAAGUUUUCAGCAACAAAGAGAAGCAAUGAAGCAAACCAUAGAGGAAGACAAGGAGCCAGAAAAAUCAGGAAAACUCUGGUGCGCAAAGAAAAACAAAAAGAAGCGGAAAAAGGUUUUGUACAACGCAAAUAAAAAUGAUGAUUAUGACAAUGAGGAAAUUUUGACCUAUGAGGAAAUGUCGCUGUAUCAUCAACCAGCAAAUAGGAAGCGGCCUAUUGUUCUGAUCGGCCCCCAGAACUGCGGCCAGAACGAGCUGCGGCAGCGACUCAUGAACAAUGAGGUGGAACGCUUCGCCUCUGCUGUUCCCCAUACUACUCGGAGCAGGCGAGAGACCGAAGUAGCUGGCAGGGAUUACCAUUUCGUUUCCCGACAGGCAUUUGAGACUGACAUCGCUGCCGGGAAGUUCAUUGAAUAUGGAGAGUUUGAGAAGAACCUCUAUGGUACUAGCAUAGACUCCGUGCGGCAAGUCAUCAACUCUGGCAAGAUCUGCCUUUUAAACCUUCAUACCCAGUCACUGAAGACACUACGAAAUUCAGACUUGAAGCCAUACAUUAUAUUUGUUGCACCACCUUCACAAGAGAGGUUACGUGCUUUGUUGGCCAAAGAAGGGAAAAACCCAAAGCCGGAGGAGCUGAGAGAAAUCAUAGAGAAGACGAGGGAGAUGGAACAGAACAACGGCCACUACUUUGAUACAGCCAUUGUGAAUUCUGAUCUUGAUAAGGCAUAUCAAGAGUUACUUCGGCUAAUAAACAAACUUGACACAGAACCCCAGUGGGUACCCUCUACUUGGCUACGAUGAGAGCCCAGUUCCAAGGGACAAAUGGACUUCAAUCUAGUGAUUUUUCCAAGGAGGUCAUGUGUAGGUCUGCCCAGUUCUAGCAUGAAUGCGUGUGAGCUCUAGACCUCAGUGGCUGCAUCUUUUGCCAGUGAAACUGCAUAUUCUUGGAAAAAAUGUGCCCAUCAGCUUGUGAGCCCAUUUAACUGAUCUAAAGAUUGUCCAAGGCUUUUUUUUGUUCUCUGUGGUCUAGAAGUGGAGACCUUGUCAGUACUAAAUUGUAAAGCUUUAGAUAGUUUGUUGGUGUUUUGUUUUGUUUUGUUUUCUAGCAACUACUUUUAUAUAUAAAUCCACCUUUUUUUUAUUUUUAACCUGGAAUCACCCUUAUGAAAUCUAAGAUUUUUAAGUGUGUGUGUGUGUGUAUAUACAGUCCAUGCUGUCACAUAGUUAUAAAUAUGAAUGUUAUUUAACACUUAACUUAAUGACGUUGUGGAACGUGAUGGUAGUUCAGGAGCAUAAUUCUACAGAUCGUUGGGCAGAGACAUAAUCCAUGUUGUUAUUAAUACAUUAAUAUGAAUGAGAAAUCUCUCCUGUUCACAAAAAAAACCCAACCAAAAUACACAGAAUGAAGAUGCUGCUCUGGUCUGGAGCUGCCCUGUUAAAGCUUGAGCUCAUGUUUUGAUUCUCAGACAUUCCACUUUCUAAUGGCACUGUAAUUGGACAAUGUGUAUAAUGUAAAUAUCUCAAUCCUUGUGUCUUUCUAGUCAGACUUUUUAAAUCAGAUGUGACUGCACAUUGAUUUAUUUUAUUUCUUUUUUAGGUCCAAUCAAAGAUGAGUAUUAUAUGAAUCUUUUAGAUGUCAUAUUUUUUAUGGAGUUUUCAUUGGAACAUAUUGACCGAACGGAGCCGCUAUUUUCCACAGGCCUGUAAAGAUAUUUAGAAAGGCAGAGGUUAUAUUUUUGUGAGGGGGGAAAAAAAAAAAAGAUAUAUAUAGUUAUAAGACAUGUUUAAAAGUCAACUUAAACUUCUCAUGUUUUAUAACAGAAUGCUGACUAAAACAGACUGAUGUGCUGAAGAGCAUUGGAAGGUAGUGUGGGUUUCUCAGUCCUUGCAAAUGGUUCUCAUCUUGUGGCUGUUGGGCUAAUGGAUGACUAACUGGAAUGAAAAUAGCUGAAUGUGGCUACCGUGUGGUAAAUGAGUGUUGUCAUUCGCUAGCCAACACGUAGUCCUGCAUUUGCUCAGUACUGCAGUGAAGGUUUGUGUAAAACACUGGUAACUGAGAAAGGGGAAUGUUUCUAAAUGGUUAAACCAAGCAAAAAAAAACCAAAACACUUGAAACAAGUGAACAAAAGGCAGGGUCUUUCUGUAUCCUAGUGUGUCUUGCAAAGCAGAUGGGAACAUCUCUGCAUCCUCAGAUGAUUCUGAGCUGUGAAGGUUUAACUACAUCUGCAGUAGGGCUGUUCUAUCACUGAAGCUGAAUAGUAGUAUCUUGGAUGUUUUGGGUAGCACGAAGAACCUUGACUGUGAAUAUCUCUUUUUUAGCCAUAGCGUUUCUUUGUUCCUGCAGGUUAAACACUGGAGUUACGUCAAUGUGUAGUUUACUCCUGUCUAAUAUUGAAGGAUGAAAGAGAGUUGAUUUUUUUCCCAUUCUCUCUUGCAUAUAUACUCUUUCUUCAAAUAUUGAUGGAAAAAAUUCACACCCAUAGUUAAACAGAGCUCUAAGUAUACAGCAGAUAAAUUGUCACGUGUCUAGCUUGGUCACUGAACUAACAUUCAGUACAUUUGUGUAUUGAAGAAUGAAGUAUAGAGUGCAUCCCUGUCUUGGUAGAAACCAAAAUUAUUUGAUGGCUUAAUUAAUAUUUAGGGCAGAAAAGCAAUAAGCAAUUAGUGGGGAUAAGUAAUGACCCUUCAGAAAGAAAAGGGGUUCAAAACCUUAAUAUCUUUAGUUCAAUUCAGUGUUAGAAAGAACAAUGUACUAGUUGUUGGCCUAAGGGCUGGAUAUUCAAAAUAAUGGCUGUUUGCCUCACAUUGCAGGCAUGUUCUCAGUUUAAACCACAGUUUGACAGCUACAAUGUUCAGGUAUGUUGGAUAGUCAGUUUCAUAGAUGACAAAAUACUAUAUGGAUUCUACCCCUUCUUAAGAAAGAUGAUUGUAAAUGUAUUAGGCCUUUUGGCAUUGGCAGUUUCAUAGCUGGGCAAGAAGGUGGAAAGCAGUAAAUGUUUAGGGGUGACCUGGCUCGGCUACAUGCUUACAGUCCAAAUCCUUGCAGUCACAAUCAGCUCAGGAUGCUUGCUGAACACUUAGGUAUUCAGUGUUCCCAGGCAGUGUCAGUCACAGUGAGUCAUUCCACUACCAUCUAUCUCCCCAGUUCUUCUGAAAUGGCAUAGAGAAGCUGGUUUUAUACAAACAAGCUUUGGAAUGUGGACUUGAAUGUUGAAGUUCAGCUC